GUUUAAGGGCCAAAUGAGGAUUGUGUUUACGAUUGUAGAAGAGACGUCCUAUCAUGGUAUCAGAUACCCGCUGCAGCAGACAGAGCAGGACAAAAGCACAGAUGAAGAGACCUCGUCUAAGGACACACACUUUACACUUGCUCCCUCUCAGCUCUCUUGUCUUUUCUCAUCAUUUCCUGGUCCUUGCUUUCAACAACCUAUCAUGCUGUACUGCCAGAAAUGUCAGAUUUUAUUUCUGUCAAACGUUUUUUAGUGCUGCUUUCGGACUACAUAUUUUUUGAUAACACUCAUUGCUGCUAUGCUUUAGCUUUUGGCUUUUUUCCAGCCUCUCACUCCUGCUACCUUCUGACUUGUUUUGCUACUAACCCUCAUUUUCCCUCUCAUUCUCUUAUCUUUUGAAUUCUUAUCUUUUGGAUGGAUAGCUACUCCCUCCUCUACAGUUCCUCCCACAGAACCGGACUUCUGUCUGGCUUUCAACGCCUGCGUGCUCAGACAAACAUGUGUGAUGUUGUCCUUGAGGCUGGGGGUGUAUAUUUCCCUUGUCAUCGUGCCCUUUUGGCCAGCUCUAGUGAGUAUUUUUGGGCUCUGUUUGGAGAGACUACCUUGGAGAGAUUAGCUGGAUCCGUUAGCCUCCCGGCUAUAACACCUGAGGGUUUGGAAGCCAUUCUGGACUUCCUGUAUUCUGGCUGGCUCAGAAUAUCAACACCAUCACUUCCUGCUGUCUUGGAAGCAGCCAGGUACUUGCAGGUGGAGACAGCCGUGUCUAUAUGCGAGAGUUUUAUGACUGAUGGUUUGAACGCCUUGAAUUGCUGCUGCUAUGCUAACCUGGCCGAGCAUCACUCCCUCCGCGAUGUUUUAGAAGCUGCCAAUCAAACCAUUGCUGUAGAAAAGACAUUGCUGCAAGAAAGCAGGGAUGAUCUUCUCAGGCUGAAUAUCCAAUCACUGAUGGCUGUGCUUGAAGCAGACGAGAUACCUGGUGUGAAAGAAGAGGAGCUCAUAAAGCUUGCUCUGGAUUGGCUGGAUAUUAAUGGGCCCCUCCCUUUGCUGAAAUCCAAUCUUCUGCUGAGUCAUCUGCGCUUUGGAUUGGUAGCCCCCUCUGAGUUCACCAGUCUUAGCCAUGCCCACAAAGCCAUGGCCACACCUCUCAUCAGAAGUCAGCUUACUCGAGCAUUAGAGUACCACCGGAUGGGUUCAGCUCAGCCAAUCAGACAAAGCAAACAGUCGACACUCAGAGCUUCGCCCAAUAGUGUGCUGCUUGUGGGUGGAGGAUCCAGUCCUGAUUGGCCGGAACAGCAGAUGCUGAAGUUUGAUCCAAGAAGAAGGAAGUUUUCAUCUCUGAGUUCCAGUCUCCCGCUCCGACUGAGAAAUCACUGCGUGUGCUCAGUGGGAGGUUUCCUCUUCGUGAUUGGAGGAGAGGAAGUGAGAGAGGGAGAUGAGAAUGGGAAAAAGUCUGUCAUCGCGUCAACAUCCAACCAGGUGUGGCGCUAUGACACUCGCUUUGACUGCUGGGAGACAGUACCGUCCAUGAGGGAGAGGCGGGAGCAGUUCACCUGCUGCAUUGUGGAGGAUGCUAUAUAUGCCAUUGGGGGACGACACACACAAUCAGAAGCCAACACACACACCUCUGUAGCUUCUGUCGAGUUUUACGACAUGGUGACAGGAGCAUGGAGAAGAGGAGCAACAUUACCUCGUCCCCUUUACGGGCACGCUUCUGCUGUGCUUAAUAACGGCAUCUACGUGUCAGGUGGUCUGCCGGGCAACCAGGGCGGAACUAACCAUGGGGAUGACCAGGAUGAACAAAGAGAGAGCAGCAGAGAAGUAAUGUUCUGGGACCUCAAGGGAAGAGUCUGGGAGAAGCGAGCGUCAAUGUCCAUCGCCAGGUUCAGUCACCGUCUGGCAACCGCCCAAGGCCACAUCUACGCCCUGUUGGGAAAGUACGAGCCUUUCUGCGAUAUUGAAAAAUAUGAUUCCCAGGCAGACAACUGGACCCGCCUCCGACCACUUCUCAUUGGCUCCUUCAACUACGGGAUGGUGUCAAUGACGUCUGGGAAUCUGCUGGUGUUUGGAGGGAGGAGAUGGAGCGAUGGACGCGAGGUGAUUGUAAAGAGUGUGUUGGAGUACGAUACGAAGAAAGAUCGUUGGAGAGAGAUCUGCCAACUCCCAAAACCUCUCACUGGGACUGAGUGCACACUGCUGCCUCUAUCAGACUAAAGAGUGCACAAUAUGAGAUAAUCUUAACAUGAAAGUGAGACAAUUUCACUAAUAGGUUCUCAAUGUUCUUAACUAACUCUUUUACUUAUUCUUUCUCUUUAUGAAUUUGAUGGGAAGCCAGAUACUGUUGUAUUCAGUUAAUCAUGGAGCUAAUGUUAGCUUAGCAUUAACAUCAUUAGCUUAGCAUUAUCUUUAAAUGUUUUGUAUGGAUUAUACAUAUCACAUAUAAUGUGAGCUUUAGAGGAGCUUGUAGGGAGACUGUAUUUAUGUUUCAACUAGACAAAUCAGGCCAUGCUAGCUGUUCUUCCUUUUUACCACAUUUAUGCUUACCUCCCUUAGUCUAUGACUAUUGACUAUUCAAGUGUCACAGUGGUCUGUUUUUGAAAAUUGUGAAGCUAAAUCAGGAGAUAUUGGUUUUCCAUAAACCCCCCAAAAUAAGGCUGUGUUUAUUUGUGAGUUUAAAGUACAUGUUGGACAGAGCUAGGUUAGCUGUUUCCUUCUGCAUCAAGUGUUGAGCUAAGCUAAACUGAGCUCUAAUAUUUAUUUUGUUAGUAGUUUGACAUUUAGGUAUGUAUUCCUACUGUCGGUCUUGCAAAGGAGAAAGAUUGUUGAAAAUAUAUCAUAAAUAUUUUCAAACUAAAUUUAAAAAAGGGGACAUUCCGGUUUUAUGUAGUUUGAUGGUGUUCCAUUUGUUCAUGUAAUACACUGCGGUGCAGGCGGACAAACUGAAUUCUGUACACAUAGUAACUUUGAAAUAAUUGUGUAGACUUUUACCCAGUUACUGCUGAAAUAUUAUUUUAAUAUAGCCAAGUCAGCCAAUGACUGUUUGGUAGAACUAGAGCAGAAAAUAGUAAAUUAUUCAAAAUAAUGAAUUAAUAAAACAAAAACAGUAGGCAUCUUAAAUACUAACUAAAAAGGAUAAAUAAAUAAGAUAAUGAUAUAUUAUAUUGGUAAUAUAAUACAACUAUAUAUGUAAAAUAACCAACCUAAUCUAUGAAUAAUAAAACGUGAUAUCGGUUAUGGGGUUUUCGUAAAUUCCUGAGACCCAAUGUGACACUGUUCUAAUAAGAGAAAAAAUCAAGCGCUAAGGAGAGAGAUAAAGGGGAUUUGGAGAAACAAGCAGAGGAGGGGUAAAAAGAUUUAGUAGGAGGGAAUUUAAUUCUUGAACAAAUGAGAUUUCAGGAAAAGGUUGAGCCAGGCUGCGGAGGAGGCUAUCACCGCAUACGAGGGAAUAGAGAAGUCAAAACAGUAGAUAAAGGGAUGAAGGUGGAGGAGGACAUCUUGACAGCAACCAGCUAAGCUGAUUUUUUAAAUAUAGGAUAAGGGUUAGAUGCAUGUGACAUUCCUGUUUAUUUACUAGUAUUGAAUAAUUAGGAUGAUGGAUAAAGAAAUAGAUGCAAACCAAGGAUAUAGAGAUACCUUUUUCAGUCUUGUUUUCAUUUCCACUGACAGCCAAAUGGGAAAAGCUUAAGCUUAGCUUAUUUCUUGGUAAUAGCUUGGUACCUGCAUGAGUUCAUCAUUCAUGAACUUUGUACUAUUUAAUCUAAACAGAUACCAAAUACACAAGAAAUAUCAUCAUUUUUUAUAUGUUUGAAGAUAAUGCUGGAUUAAAAAUGUAUAGGGUUUUAUUACAUCCUGCAGUGAAUGUUGACGUUGAAAAUACGGUAAAAUAUGCUUGAAUGUGUAAAGGUAUGAUAUUAUACAUACAAGCAACUGGUUUUAUACAUUUUCUCUAUUUGAAUGUAUAUUUUUGAAGCAUUGUACAAUUAAAAAUUCUCAUUGGUGUUCUAAUUACCCUACUGAUCUAAAAAUGACAAAAAGCUAUGUUACAUAUUCUAUUCACCAUCAAAAACAUUAAAAAACAAAUUCCAAAAGUGA